CAGCAGCAACAGCGGCGGUGGCGGCGACGCGGCGACAGCGACCGCGGCCUCGACGGCGAAGUCGUCAAACUCGCGGCGGCGGCGGCAGCGGCGGCAGCCCGGUGCCAAUAACCUUCCGCACGGAGAGCACGAGCGAGCGAGCGAGAGUGUCGGGAGACUUUUGGUUAAGCCCCGCUUCUACGCGCGGCGAUGAUGCGCUCGCCCUCGUCGCGCGCGACAGAUCGUAAAAUUAGAAGACGUUCGAGGCGACGUCGCGAUCGCCUUUUGCGGUGCCGAUUUUGCGACGAUUGCGACGGUACUCGACGGCCGAGAGUCUCCACGGGUGGUGUGAUGACAGUGCGCGUCGCGAGAGUGCGGCUCCGUAGUUUCUCCCGCUGUGCGCGAGUGCCCCGGAAUUUGUGAGUUCGCGUCAAGCCCGGGAUCACCGACCGAUCACCCGAAGAGAGAAGGUAGGAGGUCGACCGACGAUCAUCGCUUGCUCGUCGAAGAAACAGCGUGAUUCGCAACUCGUCGGCAAAGUGUGCCCCUUCUAGUCCGCUGCAUUUACGAGGGCCGUCGUUUUUUCCGCGGUCCCUGGAGAUAAUACAAUUAGUGGAAUUAUCCUUUCUCGAGAAAAGGGCUUCUUCCUCGAUUUCGCUUCGAUUUCUUCAACUGGAGGAGAGAGGUCGGCGGGAGGUCGCUGUUCGUUAGUCCGAAUUUCAAUUCGUCCCGCAGUUCGGCCCGCAGUCAUCCUGGAUCCUCGCCUCCAAGUCAUCGUCGUCUUAACGGAGAGGCAUGUCUCCCGUAACAUCCGGACUGUCCUUCGCGUCCGGCGCGAACGCGAGGAUCACGCGCGUGACGCCAGAACACACGGAGAGACGCUGAUCGCGCGCCACGUGGAUACUUCUCGGUGGCGAACCUCGACGAGGACAGACAGGACGGACGUGAAACAAAUGGGCACCAAUGACUAGCUUGGCCCUAUCGGCGGCGGCAAGCAGGAUCGAGAUGCCCCUCUCCAAAACGAAUCCGUUCGUGCAGGCGGGCGCGAUCUCGACACAGCCGUACAUCUCAAGCAGCGAGAGCAGCAACCACCUGCCGCCGAUCAUCAAGGGUACCGGGUUGACCGGCUUGAAGCAGACCGGCGGUGGCGGUGGCGGCGGUGGUGGAGGAGGUGGAGGUGGCGGUGGCGGUGGCGGUGGCGACGAGUCGGUGCCUUACGUGGGUUACCAGAAAUUACCGUGGAAAGGCGAGAGUUACGGUCUGAGUAACUGGCCGGUGAAUUAUAGUUUCAGUCACAAUUCGCAUUCGCAACCCAACAGCCAGUCGAGCAGUCCAGUGGUGAGAAACGGUCGUUCCGAUGGCAAUUCUAACAGCGGAGCUGGCCGUGGUGGUGGAGGCGGAGGAGGAGGCGGUGGCGGCGGUGGAGGAGGCGGCGGAGGCGGCGGCGGCGGCGGAAGUGACAACGGAGGAGGCGUUGGUGGUGGCGGAAGCGGCGGCGGCGGCGGUGGAAGCGGCGGUGGUGUCGGCAACAAUAGUAUCGUCAGCGUGAAACCGAAGACGGCGACCAUCACGCCGGAGAUGGUAAUGAAGCUUUACAUGAACAAGCUAACGCCGUACGAGCAUCACGAGAUCUUCAACUACCAGCAAAUCUACUUCAUCGGCGCGAACGCGAAGAAACGGCCCGGUAUCAUCGGCCGGCCGAAUAACAACGAGUACGACAACGAACAGGGCUCGUACAUUCACGUACCGCACGACCACGUGGCUUAUCGGUACGAGGUUCUCCGCGUAAUCGGCAAAGGCUCCUUCGGUCAAGUGGUCAAGGCCUACGAUCACAAAACGCACGAGCACGUGGCAUUGAAGAUGGUGCGGAACGAAAAGCGCUUCCACCGUCAGGCGCACGAGGAGAUACGUAUACUGCGCAAGCUGCGCGAGCAGGACAAGGACAACACCAUGAACAUCAUCCAUAUGUUCGACUCGUUCACCUUCCGCUGCCACAUGUGCAUCACGUUCGAGCUCCUCAGUAUCAACCUGUACGAGCUCAUCAAGAAGAACAACUUCAAGGGCUUCAGCCUCCAGCUUGUGCGCAAGUUCUCGCACUCGCUGCUUCUCUGCCUCGACGCGCUCUACAAGAAUAAGAUUAUACACUGUGACAUGAAGCCGGAGAAUGUCUUACUCAAGCAGCAGGGCCGAAGCGGCAUUAAGGUGAUAGAUUUCGGUUCCAGUUGCUACGAGAAUCAACGGGUAUACACUUACAUUCAGAGCCGCUUCUACCGCGCACCGGAAGUGAUAUUGGGCGCGAGAUAUGGGAUGCCGAUCGACAUGUGGAGCCUCGGCUGCAUUCUGGCAGAGUUGUUCACCGGUUUUCCGCUGCUACCGGGCGAAGACGAGGCGGACCAGCUGGCGUGCAUCAUCGAGAUGCUAGGCAUGCCGCCGCAACGAUUGCUGCAAAACUCGAAACGGUCGCGUCAGUUCAUCAGCUCGAAGGGCUACCCGAAGUACUGCACCGCGACGGCAAUGCCGGACGGUACGACAGUGCUAAGCGGGGGUCUCUCGAGACGAGGGAAGCUGCGCGGCCCGCCGGGCUCGCACGAUCUCGAGCGCGCCCUGAAGGGUUGCGACGAUGUGCUGUUCCUGGACUUUCUCAGACGUUGCCUCGUGUGGGAGCCGGAAUGCCGAAUGACACCGAACAAAGCGUUAAGGCAUCCGUGGCUACGCCGUCGAUUACCGAGGCCACCGGGCGACAAGAACGACACGCUACCGGCGGUGACAUCGGCGCAACCCGCGACCACCGGCGGUGGCGGCGGCGGCGGCGGCGGCGGCGGUCCGACUCUGAGAACAUCCGCAUCCGGUAGCAGGAGUUCCAGCAAGACUAACAGUCUGCAGAGUAGCAAUAACACCAGCGACGACAUCUCGACGAGCAAAACAACGGGCCAGACGAGAGGGAACCGUUUAGUGGAGGACAUGGUGUCGGCUUAUGCGGGUUACUCGUACAACACGUCCCAAUUACACGGCGGUACUUGGGGCACAACGGGGGGAUUGAGCAGCGGCCACCAAUCACUGAACUCCAUUAGCGGGACUGGUGGCGGCGGUGGCGGUGGCGGUGGCGGUGGCGGCGGCGGCGGUGGCGGCAGGAGCUCCUCUAGCAAGACCAACAGUUUGCAGGGCGGCAAUAACACCAGUGACGACAUCUCUGCGAACAAGACGACAGGUCAGCAAAGGGGAGGUAACCGUUUGGUCGAAGACGUGGUGUCCGCUUACGCGGGUUACUCGUCAGCGUACGGCGCGUCCCAGCUGCACGGCAGUACCUGGGGCACGACCGGGGGACUGAGCAGCGGUCACCAGUCGCUGAAUUCCGUCAGUAGCAGGAGUUCCAGUAAGACGAACAAUCAGUUGCAGAGCGGUAACAAUGCGUCGAGCGGCGAUCUUUCCGCGAGCAAGACCGAACGUCAGCAGCAGAGAGAGCGCACAAGCGAGUUGCCGGUGACGAUUUUCGAUCCCUACCCACUCGGGUCUUACGGUUGUCUGUCCGAGUCCCAGUUGCACAGUAGUCAUCGAUCGAAUCAGAGUAGCAGCCAUCAGUCGCUGAAUUCUGUCGACGGUGCGACGACCGGCAAGUCGCAGCGCGCUCGCCAGACGCAGCACCAGACGCAGCAGCAACAGCAACAUAAUAACAAUGGCGCGUCGCACGACAGUUACGGCUCUCACGGCUCCUCGAGCAGCUCCAGCCGGUUGGUACUCUCGUUUCAGCCGGGGAUCCAGGAGAUCCUCGAGGAGUUGAGACGAUAGGUCAAGACGUAGGACGCCAGUCGCGUCCUCCUUUUCUCCUCCCUUCGGCUCGCUCGCUCGCUCGCUCGUUGCCGUUCCUAGGCAUUGCUACUGACCAGCGUUUCGUCGACCACGAAACGGUCGCAUAACGUAAAGAUAAGGACGAUCCGAUCCCGGUCACCUAAUAAACGUGAAACUCGGCUGUGUCUCGCUGCCUGUCGUUCGAGCGACGUUCUGAGCUGCGCCGCCUCGACUUGACGUCGAAGAAGGUUACUUGCGGUCGGAAGGUUGGGUGGCUGUCUUAUCAUCGAUCUCGGAUACCGCUGUGAUUCACGCGUCGCUUUUCUACGGUUGCCAUGGCUGAUUGUAGAUGAGGCUUGAAUCGGUUAUAAAAAGGUUGAUGAAAAGAAGCGAGUUAUAUUUUCUACGAAAUACGCCGUUUUGUAGGUUGGAGGUAGAGCGUUCGUCUCUUAAAAUUAAAAAGCGAACAUGUAACGUUAUCGAUGGAAUUGAAGAGAAGUUGUUCGAGAGUAAUCGAGUCUAAAAAAAAAAAAAAAAAAAACAGCGAAGGAAGGCUUAUUUUCGCGGAUUCGUCACCAAUGUUAUAACUGAUUUCAUGCCUCACGCCUAGCCUAGGUCGCUACAAGAUCGAUCGCGCGAUAAACCUCGAAAUAUCAUACCUUCAGCCACGGCGACAUCGCCUCGCGUUGCUCUCUGGUCUCCGCUCGUUUCGGGAUUCAUUCCUGUUGCCAUUGCCUCCGCCGUGGAAAUAUGCGGUCGGCUUUUCAAUAAGAGGCGAAUUUUUCUGCUAUGACAAUACCUUAAGAACUCUAGCGAAGCGUCAGAAAUCCGCGUAAAUAGGUAUAGAACGAUACAGCACGCGCGAUUGUGCGUCUUAAAACACUCGCCGUCGAGUCCUUUGCGGAACGUACAAUCAUGGGAGGACUCAAAGGACCCUUUUCUUCUUCUCGGAACGUGCCGGAAAUCGUGAGGACGAUCUCGACACUCGACACAACGCGACUAUAUGAGCCACUCAUUCACCGCUCGGUUGGGUUUCGCCCUUUGUAAAAUUGGACUUAACAUUUUAUUCAAGACGAACGAUGAAACAUGAAAUCCAAUUUUUCAGAUCUGUGUAACAAAUCGGCUGGGAUUGACGAGGAUAAGUAUAGGAAUGCAUGUAAAUACUGUCAGCUUUGUCGCGAUGCAUAAUACGAAUCAUUUAUCCUUCCUCGUUGGCGCGACAUAUUUUCUCCAACACAAUUCGAUUUCACCGGAGAUGAGACGACGGGCCGUGUCGGAUUAAUCGCAAACAGAAGUC